AUGGCAGAAGAAAAUUAAAAGCUAAUCUCAUCCUUAGAAUAAGAAAGUAAUUAAAUUAAGUAAUCACAAUAAGUUAUCUAGACUUAAUUGGAUGAAUCUAAUCAACAGAUUGAAACUCUUAACUCUAAAAUAGAAUAAUUAGAUUUAUAAAUUACACAAUAUCAACAAGAUAAAUCUCAAUUAAAUGAAUCUAAUUAAUCUUUAAAUAAUCAAAUUGAAUAAUUAAAAUCAUAAAUAACUAAAGUUCAAUAAGAAUCUACUAAAUAAUUAAAUUAAAAGAAUCAAGAAAUUAAUCAGUUAUCAUCAGAGCAUAAAUCUUUAUAAUCACUAUUAAGGGAUUAACCUAAACUAAUAAANUUAGCUUGUGAGAAGUGUAUUUAAUAAUUUCCAAAAAGAGAAUAUAUCACAGUAGAAGAUGCAAAUACAAAAUGGAAAGAAUUAUAAGGAUAAUAAAAAUUAAUGAUUUCUAAAUACAAUAAUAGUAGAUAUUCUAAAUUUAAUUCUUCUAUCAAAUCUAUUCAACAAUUAAAAGAAAUCUAUAAUUAAACAUUAACAGAUAUCAUCUAAUAAUUAGAACGUUAAAGAAAUAUGAAUUAAAAUACAUAAAAUAAUAAUUCAAAUGUUGUUGAAGAUAUAUAUGAAUUAGAUGAAUAAGAAAUACUAAAAAUUGUAGAUUUCUUGAGUUAAAAAGAUAAGAAUUAUAAAUUAAAAUUAGAACAAUAAGAAUAAGAUUAAGUUGAUUUAAUAUUUUAUUAAAAUUAAAAAAAUCAUUUGGAAAAUCUUAUGAAAUAUAAUUUAUUGACUAAAAAUAAUUUAAUGAGAAUACAAAAUUAAGAUUAAUAUGAAUAAUACAGUAUUACUGAUAUAAUUUAAGAAAAUUAAUAUGAUAGUAAUUCAGAUGUGUAAUCUUUUUUUAAGAAAUUUUUAUUAUUAGAAUAAUAUUGUUCAAUCUUUGAUGAUUCUUGUAAUUUUUAUAAGAAUUUAUAAUAAGAAAUUGAUGAUUUACAAGAAAAAGGUUAAUUAUCCUAAUUAUUUAAUGCUGAAUAAUAAUAAAAAUAAUAUCAUUCUUUUUUGUAAUAUUCAAAAAAAAUGAAGUUAUUAAUUAUGGCAGAAGAAAAUUAAAAGCUAGUCUCAUCCUUAGAGUAAGAAAGUAAUUAAAUUAAGUAAUCACAAUAAGUUAUCUAGACUUAAUUGGAUGAAUCUAAUCAAAAGAUUGAAACUCUUAACUCUAAAAUAGAAUAAUUAGAUUUAUAAAUUACACAAUAUCAACAAGAUAAAUCUCAAUUAAAUGAAUCUAAUUAAUCUUUAAAUAAUCAAAUUGAAUAAUUAAAAUCAUAAAUAACUAAAGUUCAAUAAGAAUCUACUAAAUAAUUAAAUUAAAAGAAUCAAGAAAUUAAUCAGUUAUCAUCAGAGCAUAAAUCUUUAUAAUAACUAUUAAGGGAUUAACCUAAACUAAUAACUCCAUAAUUUUAUUUGGAAGUUUGUAAAUUGAUAGAAGAAAAAUCUAAAAUGAAAAUAUUAUGUUCUUUUCUUAUUUACUUGGGAACAAGAGAUGGCAUGAAUCAUACUAAAUGUUGGAGUAAAAUUAAUGGAAAGUAUAAUUUACUCAUUAUUUAUAAAUCCAAAAGUGGAAAUAUUUUUGGUGCUUACACUCCCUGUUAAUGGUUAGAGAAAUAAAAUGGUUAUGUAUCAGAUGACACAUUAUCAUCUUUCCUAUUUUCAUAGACUCAUAAUCAGUUUUUCCCUUUAAAAGAAGCCAAUAAAGCAAAUGCAAUAUAUAGACACUAAUCUUAUGGGCCAUCAUUUGGUAAUGGAUAUGAUAUCCACAUUGGAUCCGAUUUUACAAGUGGCUCCUCUGCUUUAGGAACUGCUUAUUAAAUUGAUUAAUACUAAAUAUAAAAUACAAGCACUCAUUUAUUUGGGUAGGCAACACCUGACUUAGAAGAAUGUGAAAUAUUAGAGCUUAUAUUAAAAUGA